AUGGGUUCUUGCUGCUUUCGUGGCAAGUCCAGCAUCGGGUCUUUCGGUGAAUCCUCUCCUCCUGUACAAAAUGCGUCCCCGGUUUGUUCGGACAAGCGCAGGCGUCGAUUGUCGAUGAAUCAAGGCACGGACAUGGGAUUCAGAGCUACGUCGAGCUCGGACACGGAGGUCGAUGAGACCUAUCAACAGGGUAGAAUAGUGAUAGGAGAUGAACCUCAUAGGCGCUCCGAUAGGCGGUUGUCCAUAACCAGCCAGGCCGUUGCUGGCCCGCUCUCGCAACAGAAAGGUUUCGCGGUAGUAGAAGCUUUGAAAAGGGAUAAAAUGUAUGAGAAGCAGGGGACGACUGUUCCUACGACAAUUGGAUAUGUCUGUAAGAAGGGCCUGAAGCCGGAUAGUCCCAAUCAGGAUGACUUUGAUAUUGUUAUAUCGGAUGAUAGCGAAAUAUACGCAGUCUUCGAUGGUCAUGGACCUUGUGGCCAUAUUGUGUCCAAGCUCUGUCAGGAGCUUUUACCUGAUUUGAUUACCAAUGAUCCCAAUUUUGAAGAUGAUUUGUCUAAGGCAUUUAAAACUGCUUUUAUCCGUACUCAUGUCCUAUGCGAGCAUAUUGCGGAGUCGCAAGACAACUUCGACUGCUCUUUUUCUGGCUCAACUGCGACAAUCGUUCUGCGCCGUGAUGACUCACUGUACUGCGCAUGGGUAGGCGAUUCACGAGCUGUGCUGGCCACCAUCAAGUCGUCUCUAUCCGGCAAUCGUCUCGUAGCUGUAGAUCUAUCCCGAGACCACAAACCCGAGUUACCCGACGAGAGAGCUCGCAUCGAAUCGCAAGGUGGCAGAGUCCUCAGGCUCGGCGGUGAUAUUCCCUACAGAGUGUUCGUGAAAUCCGCCUUCUACCCCGGUUUAGCAAUGACUAGGUCUAUAGGAGAUAUUGUUGGUGUAUCGGCUGGGAUCUCACACAUUCCGGAGGUUUCUGAGCAGACCAUCAACGAGAGCGCUGAUAAGUUUGUCAUUGUAGCCAGCGAUGGAGUAUGGGAAUUCAUAUCCAGUCAAGAAGCCGUUGAUAUUAUAAGAUGGGCUCAAACCAGAUAA